CAAACGCAUCCAACCACCGUCAUGUCCUUCGCGAUCUCCUCCUCCAUCAACGCCGCCGCGCUCUCCGCGCGCCGCGCCGCCUCCGGCUCCGACAACGUCCGCGCGCGCGCGUUCGUUCGCGCGCAGCCCAAGAAGUCCGUUAAGGCUUUCUCGAUCUGCGCCGACGAUGCUUUCGCCGCUCGCGUCCGCGCGGCCAUGGCGGCCGUCGGAGGUCCCCCUCCCACCCCAAAGGCGGAGAUCCCGCAGAUGAAGAAGGCGGGCGCCCCCGUGCCCCCUCCUCCCGCGCCCAAGGCGGCUGCGCCCGCGCCCCCUCCCCCGGCUCCCAAGGCUGCCGCCCCCGCCAACGACUUCUCCUGGGAUCCCGCCCCCCGCGGCGCCCCCGCGGCCCCCGCGGCCCCCGCGGCGCGCAAGCAGGCCGUCGACCUCGAGAACAUCGACCCCGACUUCGCCCCCAAGGCGACCACCAACUCCGGCUACUCCGCCCCCGCGCCCGCCGCGCCCACGCACAGGGCCGCCCCCACGAGCAACGUCGUGUCCUUCGGCGCCCGCAAGCAGGCGGUGGACCUCGAGAACAUCGACCCCGACUUCGCCCCGAAGAGGCAGACCGUCGGCGCCGGUGCGGCCCCCGCGGCCGCGACCUACGGCUCCAGCGCCGCCUCCUCCUACGGCUCCUCCUACGGCGGCGGCUCGAAGCCCACCAAGGUGGAGAGGCGCGGCGGCGUCACCUACGAUCCCGACCAGUUCGACGCCGAGAACACCGUCAGGUUCGGCAGGAGAUAAAAAAACAUUUGCCGCGGUGUACAUCGUGUUCGGAGAGUGACGGGGGCACGAACAGGACACGGGGGUCGAUGCGCGGGUGGUCGUGUGCCGCCGCGACGCUCCCCACGCGCGCCGUUCGUGCAUAGUGUAGGGUGUACUGGUUUGUAUGAUGCCAAAAGAAAAAAUUU